GUCACAGUUGAUGUUAUUUAUUUGACGAGUUCAUAACGUCACUCGUCAUCUGCUGAAAAAGGUUCAAUUUGUGCAAAGGUUAAUAAACUUGUCCACCAUGAAGAUAACAGUUAAAUCGAUUUACUGCCCGGUAACGUUCAUCGUGGAGCCCUCCCACACGAUCGCGAUGGUGAAGGCUCUGUUUUUGAACCACAAAGGAAUCUCAGUCAGCCAGCAGCGUUUGCUCUACAACGGGGCGAUCUUGGAGGACGACAAAACGCUGCAGCAGUACGGGAUCGUCGAUGGAACAGAAAUACACCUGGCGUUAAAACUUGUCAACUAAAUUUCUAAAUGUUUGGUAAUUGAAGUGAAUUUAUUUUUAAAAUGUGUUCUAUUUUUUGUUCCAUAUAAA